GCAGCACUGACGUUCUGACCAUCAGGCCGACCGUCUUCGGAAUGCUAGCGCAGCUCAUUACCGCAGGUGUGGUGCUGCCUCUCUACUUCGCUCUUCACAUCUGUGAAGUGCCUCCGGUCCCGGGAACGCGGAAGAUGUACAGCGCGACUCGUGUCCGGAUGCUUUUCCCUGCUAUCGCGCUUGGCUUCCUACUUCCAUCCGCCUUUCUCUUCCUCUUUUCUGCUGGAGACGCGGCCUCCUUGGACCGAAAGCAGAUCAUUGCCGCUGCGUGGCAGCCUUUCCCAGUCUACGUCGCCGCUGUGUAUCGCCUCCUUUGCGGAUCCACCUCCUACAUGCCCACCGAAGCAUCCGAAGAUACCUCCACACAGCUUCGGACGUUCCCUCACCUCAGAAAUGUCUACAUGUCAUCCGGACUGCUCUCGAUGUUGGCGCAUUGGGCGAUCCUCGUCCCAUCUUUGCUUACCACCGACGCAGCGUACUCCUUCGUGCAUGUCUUCGUCCCCUACCCUCUUCACUCAUAUCUCGGCGUUACGCCAUCUACUCUCCCAUCUUAUCGCCUUUCCAUUAGGCUACUAUUCCAGAACGACUGGUUGACCACGAUGGUUGCCGCAUUCAUAUUCUUUGGAUACAUUCGCCUCGACACACAGAAAUUAGGAAAUUGGAUGCUGCAUGUGGCCAAGUGGACAGUUCUCGGAGGGCCCGGAGCAGCGAUGGCGUGGGCUGCUGUGGACCGGGAGGAGCAUAUAAACAGUGUGCGACUUAACAGGCAGUUCUCGGUACGCUAUUUAUGACACCCUCCGCCUGUGGCGUAAUUUACUAAGUAACUCAUACAGGAUAUCUCCUUUCAGACGGACGCUAAACCUGCUGAUCUCUCAGAAAAAAAUGAUUGCACACUAACUAGUCCUCUGUGCGCACCGGAUAGUACGGUUCGAAAUUGAUUUUGUCGACAAUCUUCGCUGCGCCGGACUCUCGAAUAUAUUCGUUGCUUUGGAUCUUCAAACUACGCUAUGCAGGUUUUCUCCGUUUAUGAUUUGCGCCCAUCAUUUCUCAGUGCUUGGGUAGUAUCAUGCCAACUAUGUCUGCCUAUCCUGGAAGAUAGUGCCACAAUUGCAGUGAAGUCUGGAAUAAUAUUGCU